AUGGAGGGCGCGUUUACGCACCUCGGAAACCACCUGAUUUCGGACUCUGCCGCCGCAAUCAAGGCCGGUGAUACUGACGACCUUUCCAACAUCGAUGCCGACGAGAACCUCCUGUAUGGAAAAUAUGGCGGGCGCGGCGGUCUAGGCGGCGCCCGCCGUCGCGGAGCGGACGACGACGAGACCGAGGCCUUGGACGAUGACGAUGAUGAGAGUUUGGCCAGCGUUCCCGUAGACGGGAUGCGCGGUCUCAGUCUGAAGGCUGCUGAAGAGGAGAAAGAGCUGCCGGAGCACGCCUGCGCUUACUGCGGCAUACACUCUCCAGCUUGUGUAGUCAAGUGUCUUGGCUGCAAGAAGUGGUUCUGCAAUUCUCGUGGCAACACCUCGUCCUCCCACAUAAUCAACCAUCUCGUUCGCGCGCGUCACAAGGAGGUCCAGCUCCAUCCCGAAUCCACCUUGGGCGACACCAUCUUGGAGUGCUACAACUGCGGAGUCCGGAACGUCUUCCUUCUCGGGUUCAUUCCCGCCAAGUCCGAUACUGUAGUGGUGCUUUUGUGUCGCCAGCCAUGCGCCGCGAAUCCGUCUUCCAAGGACAUGAGCUGGGACAUCUCGAGGUGGUCGCCACUGCUAGAUGAGCGGAACUUCCUUUCCUGGCUUGUUGCUGUUCCUACUGAUGCCGAGCAGCUCCGUGCACGGCACCUGACGCCGCCCAUGAUUGCCAAGCUUGAGGAGCUAUGGAAGGAGGAUGCGAACGCAACCGUGGACGAUCUGGAGAAGAACGAGCAGAUUGACGACGAGCCUCACCCCGUACUGCUUAAAUACGAUGACCCCUAUCACUACCAGAACAUUUUUGGCCCGCUUGUCAAGAUGGAGUCAGACUACGACAAGAAGCUGAAGGAAGCGCAGUCAGAGGAUGGUCUUGUCGUUCGGUGGGACUAUGGUCUCAACAACAAGCACCUUGCUAGCUUCAUCCUGCCCAAAAUCGAGUCUGGGGACGUCAAGCUGGCCGUCGGCGACGAAAUGCGACUCAAAUACAAGGGAGAGCUCCGUCCUCAGUGGGAAGGUGUUGGUUAUGUGGUCAAGAUUCCUAACAAUCAGUCUGACGAGGUGACACUGGAGCUGCGGAAAUCAGGAAACGACAAGUCUGUGCCAACUGAGUGCACUCAUAACUUUUCGGCCGACUACGUUUGGAAAGCCACCUCAUACGAUCGGAUGCAGCUCGCUAUGCGGAACUUUGCCGUCGACGAAAUGAGCGUCAGUGGCUAUAUAUUCCACAAACUCCUCGGUCACGAGGUUGCUGUGGCUCCGAUGCGGACUACAAUGCCCAAAAAGUUCACGGCUCCUGGUCUCCCUGACCUCAACGGCAGUCAGAUCAGUGCAAUCAAGGCUGUCUUAUCCACGCCGCUGAGUCUGAUCCAGGGACCCCCGGGAACCGGAAAGACUGUGACUUCGGCCACCAUCAUUUACCAUCUUGCCAAGAUGAAUGGCAGCCAAGUUCUCGUGUGCGCCCCCUCCAACGUCGCUGUCGACCAGCUGUGCGAGCGAGUUCACCGCACUGGCCUCAAGGUUGUGCGCCUGACGGCCAAAUCUCGUGAGGAUGUCGAGUCUUCUGUCAGCUUCCUCGCUCUACACGAGCAGGUUCGCAUGAAUGAUACCAACCCGGAACUUGCCAAGCUCCAGCAGCUGAAGAGUGAACUCGGCGAGCUUUCGAGCCAAGACGAAAAGAAGUUCAAGCAGUUGACCAAGGCCGCCGAGCGAGAGAUCUUGAGCAAUGCAGAUGUUGUUUGCUGUACUUGCGUGGGCGCAGGUGACCCUCGUCUUGCCAAGCUAAAGUUCCGCAACGUGCUCAUUGACGAGUCAACACAGUCUGCUGAGCCAGAGUGCAUGAUCCCUCUGGUUCUCGGAUGCAAGCAGGUCGUCUUGGUGGGUGACCACAAGCAGCUUGGCCCGGUUAUUAUGAACAAGAAGGCCGCAAAAGCUGGUCUAAACCAGUCUUUGUUCGAGCGCCUGGUGAAGCUCGGGUUGACCCCCAUCAGGUUGAAUGUUCAGUACCGCAUGCACCCUUGCCUGUCUGAGUUUCCAUCCAAUAUGUUUUACGAGGGAUCUUUGCAAAACGGUGUCACCAUUCAGCAGCGCCUUCGACGCGACGUCGACUUUCCCUGGCCAGUUGGGGACAUGCCCAUGAUGUUCUGGUCAAACUUGGGUAACGAGGAAAUCUCAGCAUCGGGCACAUCCUACCUGAACCGAACCGAGGCGUCCAACGUUGAGAAGAUCGUCACACGCUUCUUCAAGGCUGGAGUUAAGCCAGGUGACAUUGGUGUCAUCACACCGUACGAGGGCCAGAGGAGCUACAUCGUAAGCACAAUGCAGAACACGGGAACGUUCAAGAAGGAGAGCUACAAAGAAGUCGAGGUUGCCUCGGUCGAUGCCUUCCAGGGUCGUGAAAAGGACUUCAUUGUUCUUUCGUGUGUGCGUUCAAACGAGAACCAGGGCAUUGGUUUCUUGUCGGACCCGCGUCGUCUCAACGUGGCUCUCACUCGUGCAAAAUAUGGUGUCGUCAUUAUCGGCAACCCGAAGGUCCUUUCAAAGCACGAGCUGUGGCAUCACUUGCUGGUUCAUUUCCGGGAUCGCAAGUGCUUGGUAGAUGGGCCUCUCACAAACUUGCAGGCUUCCCUUUUGCAGUUUAGCAAGCCCAAGACCCCGUUUCGACCUGCACGCUUCUCUCAACAGCACUCGCAGUAUGCGCCAAGCCAAGCUGGUUACGCCAACGGCCGCUUCCCCGGCUCGAACCUCAACGGAGGAUCUGGCAGGGACUUUGACACAGGCUCCAUGAUGUCUUAUAUUCCAGACGACGUCUCGUCCCUUCAUAGCUCGAGCCUUGGUGGUGCUGGCCUUGCGUCUGCAUACCCGGCUAUGUUUUCCAACUUCAACCCCGAACAGUGGCCAGGCCUUCCCGGCGUACCUGGACAUGGCCGUUCGGGCAACAGGAACCGUGGCCGGGGUGCUGAGAGCAUUGCCGGAGAGAGUGUGGCAAACUCGGAAUACACGGACGCCAGUUCCAGCGUCAUCGGUGGCAAGGGUAUCGGGCAGGGUGGUGUCAGUCUCGGUGCAGGAAUUGGGGCCGGUAUCGGUGCUGGGCUUCAUGAUGCCGUUGGCGCGGGCCGUCCGACGUCGUAUAGCCACAGCGACCGCCUUAGGCAGUACGUCGAGAGCGGCGGCCGUAUGACAGGUCCGAACAACGGCUACCGCCGCUACGACGACGACCAGCAGAGUAUUAGCACGGCAUUUGCUAGUCAAGCCGGUGGCACUGGCUACGACUGA